CACCGCCCACACCCAAACCCAAUUCCUUAAACCCUAGCUUUAUAAACCUGAUUGCUUUACAUUUAGCACUACUAUUCACACGCCUCUCCGUUCAGUCACCCGCCGCCGAUUGCCGCCUAGCGAUGAAGGUGAUAGCAGCUUAUUUGCUCGCCGUGUUGGGAGGUAACGCCGCCCCUUCCGCCGACGAUGUGAAGGACAUCCUCUCCUCCGUUGGAGCUGAAGCUGAUGACGAUAGAGUUGAGCUUCUUUUGUCGCAAGUGAAGGGAAAAGACAUUACAGAGCUAAUUGCUGCCGGACGUGAGAAGCUGGCAUCUGUACCUUCCGGCGGUGGUGCCGUUGCAGUUGCCACAUCAGCAUCUGGCGGUGCAGCUGCUCCAGCUGCGGUGGAGACUAAGAAAGAAGAGAAAGUGGAGGAGAAAGAGGAAUCAGAUGAUGAUUUGGGCUUCAGCCUCUUCGACUAGACAAUUGUGGUUUCUAUAUAAAAUAUCUAUGUGGUGUAGGUUCCCUUCGUUAGUUCCUCUGUUUUAUGCUUUUAGAAACGGACUUUGACCUUGUUUUUUAUUACCCUUCUGUAUGUUGAUUUGAGAGAUGGAAAUACGGAAAGCUCAAUGCAGGUUAACUCAUUGUUGGAAGUACCUUCUUUUUUGUGGCUUAACGGAUUUUAACUUCGAAAUUUUGUUUGAAUGUUAAAUGUUGAUUAUAGGAAAAAUGUCAUUAUUAUUAUUGUGAUCUGAUUCAGAAGACCUUAGUAUGUUGAUCUUGAAUGCUAUUACGAAGGAAGAGGUUCUCUUACAACUGUGAUCC